CGCGGGCGGGGUUUAUAUAAAAUUUUCAAAUUUCUACCAUACAUAGUUUCUAUGAACAGCCACAUAUAUACUUAUGUUGAUUCGUUGAUUACUUGCGUACUUUUAUUUUUUGUAGCGGACUUAAAUUAUAUUUAUUUAUUUACAUGUUACAAGAACUUAUUUGAUAAAUAAAACAGCGUAUUGUGACGAAUUGAUAAAAAUGUAACUUAUAAAGCUAAACCGGGUGUGUAACAAUGUUUCUGUAGGCUUAAGUUAAUAUCACCGUAUUUAUUAAUAAUUUAUACUCUAAUCAAAUAAGUAUAAUACAUUCAAAAUAAAGAAUACCGGCCUGAAGAUGUCAGAAAGCUGUAUAAAAAAUUGUAUGAUUUAUAAGUGUCGUAUUUGUUUAAGUAAUAGUAACAGUAUGAUUGAUAUGUUUAGACCUGAAAUAUUUAUUAAAAUUAAAGAAUUUGCGGCAUCGAUAUCCACUGUCAUUGAUAAUGACAAUGAUUUACCAAAAAAAAUUUGUCACAUUUGCUUAUAUAAAUUAGAUAUGUGGUAUGACUUUAAGCAGCAGUUAAUAAAUUCGAAUAAAUUUUUGUUAAACUUGUCCGAUAGUCAUGAAUUAUCCAUUCUUGAGAAAAAUUCGGUAAACAACAUAAACGAUUUAACAAAUGAUAAUGAUCUCAUGCAAUUAACUCAUGAAUCGUCACAAAUCAAUUUUCAACCGUUAAAAGCAUUAAAUUCUGAAGUAGCAAGUAAUAAAACUAACUUAAACAUGCUUCAAUCACCAUUUUCAUUGAAAACAUCAAAAAAUGAAACGGAAAAUUCAUCUGAAAGUAAACAAACCACAGAAUCUCUAAUAAAAACUCGGUAUUCCGGUAUUAGACGUACUAAUGAGCAAAGAAUGGCAUCUACGCAACGUUGGGUAGCUCGAAAGCGUGCAUUAUUAGCAGCAACUGGUGAAAAUGAUUCUGAUACAGAUUCCAUUAACUCGGAUGCUACGUUGAAAUUAUCUUCGUUGAAAAAACAUCGAAAGUCAUUUAAUUUUUCAACAAAUGAAAAUCAUCAAUUUGAACCGCAAUCUAUACAGUCAGAAUUAGUAAUGGGUGAUGCUAUGUUUAUCAUAACAUCAAGUUUAUUUUUAUCUGAAUUAUCAAAUUUUAAUCAAUUAUCAAAUGUUCUAAAAUUACUGUCAAAUCAUGAAGGUAAUAUUAUAACUCAUGAACAAGAAAAUAUAGAUAUUAUGAAUGCGCUUCAACUGUGCCGUAUUGAAUCAUCUAAUAAAUGUUUGAUGGAAGACGGAAAAUUUGUUGAGCGCUGUUUAAAUAUAGAAAUUGAAGGAACUGAAUUAGAAAAAUUACAAAAUCUUCAAUUUAAAUUAGCGUCAUUUAUUGAUAAAGAUUUAAAAAAAAAAUUAAUCAAUGAAAAAGAUUGUUCUGAAGGUAUGGAUAGUGAGAAUAUUAAAUCUCGUGAACCAUUUCAAACGUUAGAACAACAAUUGAAAGUUAUCGUUGAAAAAGCCGUUAAAAAGAAUUUGAAUAAGUAUCAGGUUAUACAAUGUAAAACCAUCAAUAAAUUUCAUCAUAAGAAAACAUUUUCUACUGCAUUUAUUAAAGCUGCUAUGAAAUCAAAAGUUUUUCAGCCAAGAAUUUUCUUAGAUCGUCUAGAUUUGAAUUUAAUUAAUAUUGAAAACGAUAUAAAUUCUCACAAAUUACCUAAAAAUUUAACAAGUUUAAAUUGUUAUAAAAAUCAAGUACAUAAUGUUGAUGAAAGAAAUAAUUAUUGCAAUGGAAAUGAUAUUAAAGUAUUGAAGAAUCUUAAAGAAAAAAAAGAAUCAAUUGACGUAAAUAACGAUGGUUUAAAUGACAAGAAACAUGUUCGUAGAGCGCGCAGUAGGUCAUUUGAUGGUCAAUUAAACGUUCAAAAGCAUUUUAAUAUUCAUAAAGAAGAACAAGUGCUAUCGAAAAAAAUUCUAAAAAAUAUAAUGCGUUGUAAAGAAUGUGAUGAAAGUGUAGAAGCUGAUUCAGUUGAAACACACAUUUGUAAAUCAUUACUAUCUAAGUAUCAUCAUAAGUGUGAUAAAUGCGAUAUAAUAUUCUGUACUGAUAGUUUGUUACUAAAUCACAAAAAAAUUCAUGAAAAAGAUAAAAAAAUUUCCAAAGUUUUCACUGCUGAUCUUGAAAAUUUUUACACAUGUUUCAUUUGCAAUAAAAAAUUCACAGGUAAUGAAAUAUUAAAAAAACAUUUACAGAAGCAUUGUGAUGAUACCAACAAAGAACAUAAUAACAUAAGUACAAGUAUGAAAACGUUUCAAUGUGCCAUUUGUGGACAUACAUUAAGUACUGAAGAAAAGCUUGAAGCUCAUGUCGAACAACAUUUAUUCGACGAUGCCGAUGAUAAUUCAAAUCUCGUAAAUAUUAUCCAAGCUAAUAGUAUAAAAGAGUCUCAAGGAAUUCAAUCUGACGUCAAACGUUCAUAUCCUCAGUCUAACAAUAAAUUUGAUACCAAUGUUGAAUUAGCAUUAAAUAUACAAACACAUGAUACAAAAGACAAAAUCAUUGAAUGCCUACAAGAUGAUUUUCAAAUGCAAAAUGAAAGUAGAAUUUGUACCAUUUGUGACCUUAAUUUUAACAAUGAACAAGAAUUGCUCGAUCAUCUAAAUGUUCAUAACAAUGCUUCGUGUGUUUGUAUGCUAUGCGAUCAACCUUUUUUGACUUUAGUCGAACUGCAAAAACAUGUUAAUUCUCACUAAUCUUGUGAUGUUCAGGAUUUUUAUUAAAAAAUAAAAAAAAUGUAUAAAUAUACCGUUUCAUAUUUUUUUUAUUAUUGAAACUGUAUAGUUUUACUAAUUUGUUAAAUAAAAACAUAGUCUAAUCACUAAUUGUUAUUUAUAAUAUUAUAAUUCAUGUAAUUAGACUUUCAACGAUUAGGCAAUUUUGCAAAUUAAAAUGGAUUUUAAAUCCGAUGAAAUAUGAGAAUAUGCCUACAAAUUAGUACUUAAGAUGUUCAAAGUAAAUAAGUUGAAAAUAUUAUGUUCAACUCUGAUCAAACUUACCUUGUUAGUACUAAAUUUAUAUUUAUUAUUAAUAAAUAUCAUAAAAUACAAUCGCAUACAAGCUGAUAGAUAGACAUUACAUCCGAAAUCAGAUUGAUAGUACAUCUGAUUUAAUUAAUUGUCUUUUUAAAGGCAGUAUAUAUUAGAAAAUAUUAUAAAAAAUGUAAGAUGGCUUGAAAUUCGAAUGAAACUAGCGUUCAAGUCUACUAGUUGCAAAAACGGGAUGGAAGAUAUCUCAACAGUUUAAAUAAAAUGAUAAGCUUAAAAAAAAUUUUUAAAAAUGUAAUUUUUUUUUAUUAACUUCA